AUGAAGGAUAUUUCAAUGUUCGAGAAAAAUAAUCAUCAUAUAGUAAAUUUCAAAUCUGACCGGAGUCAUUCGGAUAGUACUGUGAGAAAUGAGCGAGAAGUCGAUGAAGUUACACUUGCAAAUAUUUCUAUUAUUCCAGAAUCUAUCGAAAGCGGUUUAAACAAGCCAACAUCUCUCAGAGCAUUUGUACAAUUCGAUAGUCAAUUCACAGAAAAAGUAAACGACAUUUUUGUAACAUUGAGAUGGAACCAAUCUGAAUUUACCGAUGAAAUAAUACAAGAGUAUACAGUGCAAUGUUUUGUUAUGGAGGACUUAAAAGAGAUUCAAAUCUGCUACGAUAAAAAUAUCACAACUACAACAUUGGAGCACACGGUGCACAAUCUUAAAUCUAAUACGACAUAUUAUUUCCGAGUACGUGCACAUACUGAAGUUAUUGCUGGUCCUUACUCGGAUUUAAUCAAUGUAUCGACUAUGCAUGAAAAUCCAAUACCUAAAUUAUUAUUAGUAACGAAUGCUAGUAUCGACAUAUUGGAUUUAGAUUCAAAUACUAUUAAUAAUCUCGUUAAACAAUUGGCCUCAUCAGUCGCUUACUGUGCCCAAGAACAUAAAAUUUAUUGGACAAAAGAAAAUGAUUUAAUGACAUUGGAGAUUACUGAAAAUAAUAUCACAAAAAUAGCUAGCUUUGAUUAUGAGCUACAUGAUCUCUGCAUUGACUGGGUAGCAAGAAAUCUAUAUUGGACCUAUCAAGAGCCAGACUAUUCUUACAUUGAUAUUUCAAUGUCCGAGAAAAAUAAUCAUCAUAUAGUAAAUUUCAAAUCUGAUCGGAGUCAUUCCGAUAGUACUGUGAGAAAUGAGCGAGAAGUCGAUGAAGUUACACUUGCAAAUAUUUCUAUCACCCCAGAAUCUAUCGAAAGCAGUUUAAACAAGCCAACAUCUCUCAGAGCAUUUGUACAAUUCGACAGUCAAUUCACAGAAAAAGUAAACGACAUUUUUGUAACAUUGAGAUGGAACCAAUCUGAAUUUACCGCUGAAGUAAUACAAGGGUACACAGUGCAAUGUUUUGUUAUGGAGGAUUUAAAAGAGAUUCAAAUCUGCGACGAUAAAAAUAUCACAACUACAACAUUGGAGCACACGGUGCACAAUCUUAAAUCUAAUACGACAUAUUAUUUCCGAGUACGUGCACAUACUGAAGUUAUUGCUGGUCCUUAUUCGGAUUUAAUCAAUGUAUCGACUACGCAUGAAAAUCCAAUACCUAAAUUAUUACUCACAACGUAUCUAGGUAUCCAAAUAUGGGACGUGGAUUUAAACAUUACUAAUUUCGUAGUGUCCUUUACUGAAAAACCAACAAUAAUACUCCCCAAACAACGAUAUUAUCCACCAUCAAAUGGACAUUAUUUUGGGGAAAGAGACCAAAUGAGUUUUGUCAGUGAAUAUAACCUAUUGAGUUUUAACAAUGAACGUGAAUAUGAAUAUGAAUUCCCAGAAGUACCUAGCUUUGAUUAUCUAUAUGAUGAAUCAGUAAAUGCCGCGUAUUCGAUACAAGAACAUAGAAUUUAUUGGAGUGACAAAAAAGACCUAAAGACAUUAAAGAUUAGUGAAACUAAAAUCACAAAAAUAGCUAGCUUUGAUCAUAUUAUAUAUGAUCUUUGCAUUGACUGGGUAACAGGAAAUCUAUAUAUAACCUAUCGAAACUUAGGAAACUCUUAUAUUCUAAAGUCCGACUUAAGAAUGUGGGAAAAUGGCAUAAUUAGAUUUGAUAAGAUUUUGGAAUCAGAAAUUGAUAAUAGUUAUUUAAAUGUAUCACCGUUUAUGGGAAAUUUAUAUUACAUAUCAUACAAUUGGACGACUAAAAAAUAUAAUAUGAUGAAAUAUCAUCUCGAUGGAAAAAACGAACAAAUUGUUGAGAUAAAUACUUCCUUUGACCCAACUUAUUAUAUAAAUUCUUUUAGUAAUAUGAUAAUUGAUAACAUGAAUAAUGAAGAGUCGUUAAUUUACUGGUUAAAUGAUUGGAGUACAAUUGUAACAGACAUUAAUAUUUCUAAGUUCAAUCAGAUUUUACACAAGGAAGACAUAAGUGAUGACAUCAAAUUCCAAUCUAUGACGAUUGACAAAACAAACAUUUACAUUUUAGCAUAUAAUUUUCAAUUUGUAUAUACACUCUACGUUUUGAAAAAGAAAUAUGCAAGUCUCAAGAGCAUCCCAAAUGCAUACGAAUAUGUUAAAAAGAUACCAAUAAGCUCAGAUAAAAAUGUGUUUUAUAAAAUUUAUGCUUUUGAUAAAUCUUCACAAGCAUAUCCUCCAAUGAAAUGUCUGACACCUGACGAAAAGGUUUAUAAUUUUGAGAAUGUGACUGCAAUGGCAAACAGCAUCAUUGUAAAUUUACCGGAGCCGGUUGUAAAGAGUGGAUGCAAAAAAUAUAAUUUACCACCUAUUAUAUAUACUAUCUUUGUAAGCCAUUGUUUAGACAACAACCUCAACAAGUCUGAAGAAUUCAAUGUGCUGACAGCCGAGCGAUAUUACGAGAUUCAGAACUUAACACCAUUUACAGAGUACAAGUUGAAGUUUACUUUAAGCAAUUUUUACUUUGAUCAAUUAUUAAUAAAUCCAUUCGAUUCGAACGUGAUACAAAUAAAAACUAAUUUGGGCAAGCUUAAUGCACCAGAAAACAUAAGUGUUUUAGCUUUGACGCCUACUAUAGCAGUAGUUCAUUGGAUGCCACCUAAGAAAUUGAACUGCGUGGUUGUGACCUACGAAGUGCAUUGGAAGUUAGUGAACGACACGCAACAAGAGAAUAAACAAUUUAUCAAUGUGCCGAAACGUAUGGCAGACGGCAGAUUUUUCACAAAGAUUAACUUAUCGCUACCAGUACAAGAUUACUUGAUAUACGUGCGUGUAUAUCCAAGUAAUUUCAGCAAUUUCUACAAGGAGAGUUUAAGCAAGAUCGAUCACAUAUACUCAGAACCAAACAAUAUUAGUAUGAGCGAGGCCAACACAAAUAGCAUGGACAUUUCAUGGAUCUCAAACAUGAAUCUUACGGUCUUUCUUACACUAGAGUACAAAGAGGUUGCAAUAGAAAAGUGGCAAACAACGAAUUAUGUUAAAAUAAAUUAUAACAAAGAAAUAAUAUACCAUAUCGGAAAUUUACAAUCGGGAACUUCAUACAAGUUUCGCUUGAUAUUGAGAUAUCCCGAAUAUGAGGAAAAUUUUACAUGGCCAGCUGAUGAAAAAUUUAUUUUUUCAACACGUGGUAGCAAACGUGAUGAUAUUUCGAACACUCCUGGAAAGACAAACUAUUAUUUACUAUUGAUGUUAAGUUUUAUCAUUAUAGUUAUUAUAAUCUGCAUCUGCUAUUUUUAUUGUUUAUAUCAUCGACGCAGAAAUAAUAAUGAGCAAUUUUUGCUUUCAACAAUGGCCGACAUGGAAUUAGCGAUUCUACAUCAAGUACCUUGCCAAAACACUCAAUUGAAUUUGCUUUACAGUCCUACAUUGUUACAUUAUAACCCAGAUGAAUAUGCGAUAACUAAAAUCGAACGUAAACAAAUCACAAUAAUAAAACUUCUUGGUAGCGGCGCAUUUGGAAAGGUAUUUCAAGGAAAUGUAAAGAAUUUAGAAAGGUCCGGCAUAGAAAUAUCUGUUGCAAUAAAAACGCUUCGGAAAGAUGCUUCUUCCAAUGAGAAAAAUAAAUUUUUAAAAGAAGCCAAGCUUAUGAGUCACUUUCGACAUGAACAUAUAUUAAGAUUGUUGGCCAUUUGUGAAGAUGGGGAUUCUCCAUUACUAGUGUUGGAAUUGAUGGAAACUGAUCUGUCAAAAUAUUUGAGAGAUUGUAGAAAUUUGGAAGCGUCAGAUUCGCAUGCUCUACGUUUGCAGGAUUUAUUUGCCAUGUGCGAAGAUGUUGCGCGAGGUUGUUGCUACUUGGAAGAGUUGCGCUUCGUACAUAGAGAUCUAGCGUGUCGCAAUUGUUUAGUAUCUUCGAAAAAUCGCGAGAAUCGUGUCAUUAAAAUUGGAGAUUUUGGAUUAGCUAGAGAUAUCUACAAGGAUGAUUAUUAUCGCGCGAAAGGAGAAAAGUUGCUUCCUGUUCGCUGGAUGGCACCGGAAUCUUUGAUAAUCGGCACAUUUACUUCUCAAAGCGAUGUUUGGUCAUUUGGUGUUUUAAUGUGGGAAAUUACAUCGUUGGGUGAGCAACCUUAUAUUGGCAAGUCUAAUGAAGAAGUGAUAAAUUAUGUACGUGCUGGAGGCAGGUUGCCGAUGCCUCUUAAUUGUCCGUCAGCAUUGUACCAGUUGAUGCUACGUUGCUGGAGUUCAGCGGAUGCUAGACCAAAUUUCAACUUUUGUUUGAAAAAUAUUAUAGCAUUAAGAAAGAAUAUAGAAGAUAUCUUACUGAGUCCAGUCGAUACUAUUUAGCCGAUACAAUUAAAUUAAUGUUUAUCUUCUUUUCCGAACGAUCCGAUA